GGCGCCGACAGUCGGUCGGGUCUCUGGGAGGCCGUCGUCCACAGCCUCCUGACCAACCCCGGAGGUCCCAAUGUGCUUCGUGUCUCCCGUCCCACACGGCCUGGUUGCUGGGCCCCCGAGCCACGUGAGGCCCGGACCCUCGCCCGUCCAAGGCCCUCGACACGGGGAGCCCGCUGGGCCCACGGAGCGGAGAAAGCCAGGGGUUUGCUUCCGAGGGGAGAGAGCGCGGCGGCAAGGAAGCCCUGGUGCCGCUCCCUGGGGCCUGGCCUGCCCAGAUCCUGGCCCUCGGAGGCCCCCGACCCCCCAGCCCCGACUGCGCUCUGCCCCCGCUGAGCUCGCAACGUCCGCAGGGAACUCCCGGGUUCCCUGUCGUGGUUCCCUGUCACUGCCUCUCCCCGGAGUGUCCCGCUGGUCACGCUCUUCCCUUGGUCGCGGUGGAGCCCCUCGCCGUGCGGGCGACAGGAGGCGCACUUGGGAAGCGGGAGCUUUUCCGUGCGUGGCUGGCAGGUGACCGCUCCUGGCCGGCCCUGCCAGCCCUGGGACACGUUGGCGGCGUGUGUUCCGUGCUCCCUGUCCGGCUUGGGGUUGUUCCUUCGCUUUGGGAGUCACGGCCCAGAGCGAUGGCGAGCUCGUCUGGCUCUGACCUGCCCACUACAGUCGAGCAGCUGAACGGAGCCCGGACAGAGGCCACCACGCCUGUGCCACCAAGGGGCCUUUGCCAGCACUCCGGUGUCUGUACUGGCGUCCCUGAGACGGGGAGGUGAGAGGAGGGCUUUCAGGGGGUCUUCUGUCCUUUCCUUUGAAGGACGCAGUUCUUAAUGCUGAUCCUGCCGCCUGCCCCGGGGCAGUGGGUCUACAGGACGCACCGGUCCUAAACGAUCGUCGGAAACGAACUUCUUGGGCUGUUUUGGUCUAGGCGUGGUGUGCCCUGGGACACAUGGCCGAGGCAGGGGCAGGACAGCCCCUGGAGGCCGAGCAAGGCACAGAGUAUGACGCCCUGCCUUCUGACACCGUGUCCCUCAGCGACUCAGACUCGGACUUGAGCUGGCCUGGCAGUGCUGGGAUGGACGCUGUGUCCCCGAGGGAGCCGCCCGGCGAGGCCCCGGGGGACUCAGACCCCAGUGAGCCCGCCUCACCCCCCAAGGGCCGCCCCUCAGCCUCGGCGCAACCCUUCUACCUGAGGGGCACCAGCUCCACCUUCUCCUGGCGCAGCCGCAACAUCUUUGACUGCCUGGAGGGGGCAGCUGGGCAGCUUCUGCCUGGUGACAGUGGGGACUUCGCCCAGCCACCUGAGCCCUCUAGCCAGCCCCCGGUGGAGGGCCCGGGCGGGGCCGGCCGGAAUCCUGCCCGCCCGAAGCUGCCCCCCGUCCCUGACUAUGUGGCCCACCCUGAGCGCUGGACCAAGUACAGCCUGGAGAACGUGGCCGAGGCCAGCGAGCAGAGCAACCAGGCUGCCGCGCUGGCCUUCCUGAGCUCUAGGAGCCUGGCUGCCCCCGGCGACUACAUGCCCUCCUUCAAUCAGGACCCCUCCAGCUGCGGGGAGGGAAGAGUCAUCUUCACCAAACCUGCCCGCGCGGGUGAAGCCAGACCUGAGAGGAAGAGGGCCUUGAGGAAGGCAGGAGAGCCGGGCGGGGCUGCCCCUGGGGGCCCAGGAGCAGCAGGAGGCGAGGGCCCGGUGGAGCUGGCCCACCUGGCGAGCCCUGAGGCUGAGGACGGCGCCCCUGGGGACCCUCAGGAGGUGGGCUCACUGCCAGGGGCGGCCCACGCUGGGUCUGCUGCGGGGCCCCCAGGGGUGGAGACCGUCGGCUUCCAUAGCAGCAGGAAGCGGAGCAGAGACCAUUUCCGGAACAGGAACAGUGCACCCGAGGCCCCGGGUGCUGAGGUCUGAGAGAAGACGCUGCCCGGCUGGCGGAGGAGGGCGGCCAGGGUCACUGUCCCCCUUGGGGUGGAGGGGCCUCAGGGCCCCACCACCUUGGGAAGGGAGGCCACCAGUAGGAGGCACCAGCAUCCUGGGCGGGGGGUUUGGGGGUGGUCCCUGAAGCAGCACUUGCCUGCGGGUGGCAAAGUCCUGGCCCACCAUGUACCCAUGGGCAACAGUAAAGGUUUGGCUGCUCCUCA